UUUCGUCUAUGUGUUCGUUCCGGCCUAAUGGAUCGCAUACACAUACAUACACAUAGAAAUUUGUACCGAUUUUUCUGACUAGCGUUAGUGAAAGGGAAGGAUACUUCCAAUCUUCAAGACCCAGAUACUUGAGAACUCUCCUUUAUACCCUUUAUUUGUAUAUUCAGUUUCCCAUAUAUCCUCACCGUACAAUUUCCAUUAUUUUUGAUGGACCAUUUAAUGGCUACUCGAAGAAUCCAUUCUCUCGAUAAGUUUAAACAUCGUCAGCUUUCAGCAUAAGAUCGUAAAUCACAUCGUCUGUAAACGCUAAGAAGCUAUUCCCUUUAGCGUACUUAAGUAGGUACACAUUUUACGUUAGUACGUCGUGAGACGUUCGUCGAAAGGUCGACGACCCUUUUGGUUGGACCCCCAUCACUUGAGUACCCUUUCGAGAAGUCGCGUAAGAUGACGUUCAAACGUAAGAAAAAACAAAAAAGGGAAAGAUUCUCUGUAACGUUUCAACAACCUGGGUUAACUUUCCAUGUUCGCGUGUUGUCCAUAAAACGAAAAAGAAAAGAAAAAAAGAAAAGAAAAAAAGAAGAAAGAAGAAAAAUAAAAAGAAGAAAGAGAAAAAAGAAUCUCCUCUCGAUAGUGUGCUCGGUACAUUAACUAUGCCGUCGUUAAUUAGUUAUGCUGUUACUCGGAUAGAAAGGAGUCUAUCAAUAAACAAUCUAUGUUUUCACGAGAAUCCAUUAUGGUCCAUUAAUAAACAAAAAAGAUUAGAAUGAUAAUUUCAAGGGGUUUAGAAUUAGAAAGGCAAGAACAUAAUCGAGUAGCAAGUAAAGUGUAUCUAAUAAAACGAUUCCAGAUGGCAGGUACCAGAUAAGAUCAAAGUGGGCAAGGUCAUCGUGAUCGGUCCAAGAUACGUAAAUACGAUCGAUUCCUUUCGAUCUUCGGGAAAUGCCCCGAAGUGUAUUUCCAGGAUCUCGUUCCGUCUGGCCAAUCGAAGGAGAGGCUUUCUCUUGGAUCACGUUUCGUCUACAUCGCAUCGGGUACACGCUUUAUGGCAAAGCUUGUCUUUCUUUGGAGGGGAGUCUAUAUAGACUCUCCAUUACGAUGGAGCCCCUUCAAACUGUUCGCGCUUCUAAGACCGUACGCGUAUUCUCGAGUUGGACACCUUCUCGCGUGUGCCCACCUGCGUUUGUCUACGAUUUUUGUUUUGGGGGGAAAAAAUUAGACAAUAGCAAAAAAUUUAUAUAUGUAUACGUAUAUGUAUAUGUAUACGUAUAGGAAAUGCAAGAACGUUCGUGGUGCAGUGUUAUAGAGUGUCAUCUAUAUCCUCAGUAAUAAAUAAUAUCAAUUAUUAGAAACUAUUUGCUUUUUAUUGUAACGAAAGGAAUAGAGAAAGGAGAAGUGAGGGGGUGAAACAACAGUGUCGCGACAACUUCUUCAAAGUCACCCUGCACAAUGAUCGUGCGGAGGUGCUGGUCGUUGAUACUACUAUCCACUGGUCUGAUUCUAUGCGUAAGAAUUGGUGGUAUCAGCGGUGAACGAUGGUCACGACAAGUAUCGAACAACGAUUGGAUUCCAUUGGCCAAUCCAAGAAGUAGUUCGAAUCAAAUUAGAACGAGUAACGUUGGAAAUGGACCGAUUUCAUCGGGAAGUUCUACUAUACCGCAUCUUCCAUCUCUUUCCUUACCGCCAGCACUUCAAGAACAAUAUCAGCAACAACUUUUGCAGUUGCAAAAGACUCAAGAGAAUAUUCAAAAGUUGCUGAUUUUGCAGGAACAGCUCAGGGCACAGCAACAGCUAUUACAGUCUCAAACGUUUCUACCGAGUGGUUUCGGUAGCCCAGAGAAUGAGAAGCGCAUGCUGCAGCAAAAUACGAUACCACAUUUGCAAAGUGUAUCGGGUUUAAGUUCGGACGUGCUGGUACCACCACUACCCUCCUCCGACGCUCUUCCACCCAUUUAUUCUGCUCAAAACUUCCUGUCGCAAGGACCACAGCGGUUUCAUCAACCAGUAAAGGGUAAUCAGAAUUUAAACGUUAAAACCGAAGAAUUUGGAAACUUGCAUAAUAGCAAAAGUCAAGUCUAUAGCGAUGGUCGUGAGGAUGGAUUGAGAGAAGGACAAAGUCCGGAUCAAUUGAGCCAAGUAGAUGAUAUUCGUGAAAACGUUAAAGAUUUCGUUGGAAAGCAAGAAAAAUAUCGGCCAUCUGGAAAACAAGCGAAAGGUCAAACGGCACAUGGUAUUUCGGGCUUACCUGAAAAUGUAGAGAAUGAAAAUGAGGAGGUCCAACUAGUUUACGUUCCUCUAGAAACUCUAGCUCAACAAAGAGGUCAACCCAAGAGAUUACGAGGACAAAAGCAAUAUCCUUUCCGUCAGCAACAGCCGCAGCAGCAGCAGCAGCAGCAGCAGCAGCAGCAAUAUCGAAUAAACGAUGGCGUUGAGCAAACAACAAAAGAGCCAGAUACUUUCGCUCGAGAUUUGUUGGACCAGUUGGAGUUCGUGAAGGAGGAAAGAUCUAAGGAGGUCACUCGAAUGGAAGAUGUGAAGAAAGCGUUGGAGAGGAAGGCUCAGCUCGAGCAAGAGAUUCUACAGAAGGAGCAGGAAUUGGCAAGACAGAGAGAAGAGGAAAGAAGAAGAAAAGAAUUGGAAAAACUUGAGGAAAUAGCGAAGCAACGAGAACUCGAAAGACUUCGAGAGGCGAGAGAAAAGCAGAGAUUGGAAGAGCUCGAGAGACGAAGAAUCGCGGAAGCUCGUGCGAAGGAAGAAAGACGUCGACAAGAGGAAGAAGCUAGGCAAAGAGAGAACGAAAGGUUAGCUGCGUUGGAAAAACAAAAACAAUUGGAGAUACAACGUGCCUUGGAGGAACAAAGAAAAUUAGAAGAACAAAGACAGGAGGAAACGAGCACGGUUCCUCCAAACGUCAAUCAAAAUCAGCCGGACACUCAAGCGCUUUCUUUGGUACGUAACAAACAGUUACAACGACAACAUCUCACGGACAACUCGAAUAAGGUAAAACAUAGAUAUCGCGUUAGACAACCACGUCCAAGAAUCAAUCAGCAACUACCGACUACAACUCCACCACCAUCACCCAACCAACCUCCCCUUUCCGUUUACAUGGGCGGUGAUAGCACGGCACCAGACAGAGUAAAAAUUUCGGAUGUUUUGAGGAUCCUCAAAGACGCAAAAACGAUCGCAGUUUUGGACACGGUUGUACCUAACACGCCCAAAGUCUUCGUAGGACCAACAAAUCUAGAUCCACCGCCUGGUUAUACGAAGUUUGAUCUCCCGUACUUAUCGUCGAUCGACCAUAAUCGAGUUGAAAGAAAGGUCGACAAGUUGCCUUUCUUCGUGGCACCACUUAGCUUCGAUCCACCACCAGGAUAUUCUAAAAUCCCAUUCCCAGCUCCUCAUAUCGGAUCCGUCGUCGUGAACACGAUCGAUGCUUCACCUCCUGAACCCGAUACACCAGAAAUUAUUCAUAAUCUUAACCCGACACCUCUUAUAGAACCAAACUCUUAUAUCGAUGGCACUGGAAGUGAUUUGGGUCGAAUAGAUCCCACCACUCUGGGCUAUGAACAUUCAACCACUGCUGGUUACACUCAAGAAUUAUCGAGUACACCAAAAUACGAUACUUCGUAUUCCACGGUAUCAACACCUGGUGGUUCUAGAUUCCGAUUUAGGCAAUCCUACGGGGAUAAUAAUCCUCCUUCCGUAAUCGACACUAUUUACCAAGGUGAGCCAUCACUCCCGAUCGGAAAAGCCAAACAAAAGGUAUAUUACAAUGAAGAUUCUAGACCUGCAGUUUCUACUUUGGCACAUGACGCUAGAUUGGGUACUACUGCGACUACUUAUCAAGAGGAAGCAGUUUAUUCGAGUACACCGAAUAAUCCAGAACAAUCGUCGAGGACAUUGGAUGAUCCUUCGACGAAAGAACAAGAUUUAGCCGCACAAUUAGCACUGAUUAAUCACGAACUUGCCCAGCAAAGAAAUGCCAACAACAACAAUAACAAUAAUAACAAUAAAGAUUCUUUUGCCGAACAUCGUAAUACGUACACGCAAUCGGAUCCUCAUCUGAUCGGUUCGUUCCAAUCUCUACUUUCCUCGAAUGAUGCUAACGAUGUAAGAGGACCUGUUGGUCCAACGCAAUAUAAUUUACCUGCCGAGUUACCGAUUUCACCCCAUUUACCUGGCUUGGUUAAUUCUUUGCUUGAGAAGCAAACAACGAUUCCUACCACUACAACAACAGAAAUUGUAACAACACCAGCGAUUAUAAAGACUACGACUACGACUACCACAGCUAGGCCACCUUCGACCACUUACAGGCCACGAUCGCGUCAUCGAAGUAGGAUAGUACCCACACGGCCUCCAACCACUACAACACCUACGACUCCUGGUACUAGAACGUCCGAUAGAUCUAGAAGACCUUACAGUAGAACAAGAAGUGGAUCCAGGUACACAACGACUACCGAAUCAUAUAACGAUUCACCGGUUUACGAACCUACCAAGUCCAAACAUUCCGGAACUACGCAGAAAUAUAACUACGUAGAUCAUAAUAAAAGACCAAGAGGUCCGAAACACAGGAAUAACGAUAAGACGGCUUAUCAAUCCGAGGCCUACGAUCAAAAUUACAAUAUUCAAGCUCAUCAAGCUGCAAUUUACGAGCAUACUGCUCCCGACGGAUCGAUCACGUCCUCGCCGACGGAUCCAUAUUCGCAAUCAGGCACUCCCUCGCAUAAUUCUAAACAACAAGAGUCAAGUAUACCCACGUCGAAUUUAAACGCUUUCUCUCAAGAGAAUUAUCCAUCGACCAGUAUCAGCUCUACUGAGAAUUAUCCACCUCCCCGUGAAACUACUCCGAAUUACAAUACGCCAGUUGCAAUGGAAGACUAUUCGAAGGGACAAAAUUAUCCUCAGAAUUAUCCCCAAGAAGCUAACUAUCCUACCGCCUAUGGAAGUCAACUAGGUGACUUGGAUCAAUCCGUUCUUGAGAAAGCGCCGAUCAAUGGAUUUAAUUACCAAGCACAGAACAGCGAGACUCGUAAUCAGCCGACCGUUCAGAAAUCUAAGGACUAUACCGCUUAUUACGCCGAGAAACUCGAGAAUACAGACUUUGCUUUAAGCGGUACUUCGGAAAAUCCAAGAAGUAAGAUCGAUGAGACAGCCCAACAAUAUUCUCCUCCGUACGACGUAGCACCGGUUCAAUCGCACUUGAAUUAUCCUCCAACCGGUGAGCAUGGUAACUUUGGCCAAGUAGAAGACAGAAAGGUAGAUGGAAGUAGCGUUGUAGCGGAUCCAAACGAAGAACCUAUUUUCAUCCCGCUUCCACCAGAGAAACAAGAAGUUUACGAUUUGUUAGCGCCACCGACGGAAGAACCAUUAACCACGAUGACAACGCAAAUCAGUACGACAACGGAAGCAACUCCAGUUGUAAUACGACAACGUGUUCGUGGUCGUGUUGGUACCCGAACGCAUUCCGAUUCGGUCGUGCAAACUCGUCCAAGAGGUUCGCAAGACGAAUUCGUGCGUUUCAGCGCUGUCAAUCAUCAAGAUUCUUCACGACCUUCCGGUCAUCGUCACAGAACGAAAUCGAGAUCGCGACCACAAAGCCAAGUUAAAACGAGUGGUUACGAGUAUGUGAAGAUUCAGGCUGGUUCGCAAAGACAAAGGUCUCUUGUACAACAAACCACGCCGUCCGCGACAACGACCACGACAACAACAACAACAACUACAACAACCACCCCGAGGACUACGACCACCACGUCUACCGAACAACCCUUGGAAGAAGAUAUCGAUUAUGGCUUUAUAAGACCUCCUAGCUUCCGACCAGUGCAUCCGGUGGACAAUCGAUUCCAUGCACCACCUGUUACUUUCAAGCCAAUACUGCCGCAAAUAAACAAUUUACCCAUACAACAACAACCUUCUGGCAGUGCUCAAGAGACCGAGGUAGAGUACAAUCCACCUCCAAAUCUAUCUUUGAAGAAUCGUCCAAAGUAUCACACAACGAAUCGACGACCGUCGAUUAAAUCAACGAUUCUACCAAUUACGACUCCAAUUACUACGACCACAACGGAAAAUAUACCACCGGCAACAAUAAAUCCUGAUAAUUCUGUGUACACAGUAAGACCAAAUUAUAAACCAGAAGACAUAAAACAGAGUAGAACUCGUAGCAGGACUCGUCGACCUGGUAGAAAACGUGUUACGACGACCAGCACAACGGAGUCCAGUUACGAUGUGAAUAACGAAGUACCAUUGGAAGGAAAUUAUCCACGUAUACUUCCACCACUUCCGGAAGCAGUGGGAGAGCAGCAGACUCUUUACGAUGAAAAUUUCGAAAGCCUAUCCCAAUUUGGCGAAGCUUAUAAUCAACCGGAUCAAUCUUAUAAAUCAGUUACGGAAAACUAUCCAUCGCAGGAUUUCGUAUUGAAUUUUGGAGCGGUAGCUCCUCAAACGCAAGUACAACAAGAGGAAUAUGAUCAAACACAAUUGGGUAGUAACUCUCCUCAUAAAUACAGUCAUUCAACGCAUUUAAAAUCAACGACGUUGAGUGACACACAUUUAAUGCCUGCUGAUAUCUAUGGUGCCGAGAGUCAAUGGUCUACGAAGUUAUCUCGAACCUCUUUUCAACCGAGUUUCGCAGCUAAUUAUGCUACCGGUGGAUUCAACGAAGCACGUACGAAACAGGAGAACGUUAGAGAAGUCGCUGAUAUUAUAACGGUUCGUCCAGAGAAUUCGUUGACGUUUGUAGUUUCCUCGGAAUUGGAGAAUAGCGAUGAAAUGAAAUUGGUGAGGAACGAGGAAGAGUCCAUGGUAAGGGCCACUACGGUAUUCGGACAAAAAAUGACGAUGCGCGAUCAAACGGAAAGUCCGAUGAAACGUCAGCAAAAAGUAAGUUCGUUGGAGAAUUACGAUGGUGAGAGAUGGCGAUCGAAGGAAGAAGAUUUAUCGAAAGAAUCGACGGAGAAGGAAGACGAUGAAAAAAUACCAAAGAAAACUAGCGAUCCUGUUGCAGUCAGAAAGACUAACAGAAGGAAAAGAGUACGAGUUCGUGUAAGACCAAUUAUCGAUGAUUUUGUGACGGCCGAGUCUCAACAUAUCAACGCUGCCGUUAACAGUCUAACGCAGGAUCAAUACAAGUAUAAUCCGAUUCGCCAGACAAAGUCUACCGUGGACAAGUCAAGUAUUACGAGAUCACCCGAUGACGGAACGCGACGAUCCGUGUUAGAAGAUUUUCUAAAAGAAAUAUUGAAAACCGAUGACGAUUCCUUACCUGUUCUGGCGACAUCAACUAGUACGGUAUUACCUUUAAACGUUUGGUUAACAUCAACGCCAAUGACAUCUCCGAUCGAAGAUGAAGAAAUAACGAAUUAUAAAUUUUUACGUACUACAACCAGUACACCUACGAUUAUGCCCGAGGAAUUAGAAAGAACACUUGACCCCGAAGAAAAUCUAAAAACCACCACUCAGUAUUACGGUACACGUAUCAAUCCCAAAGAUUCGAUCACGAAGGAGUCUACAGAGAACAUCAAAAUUCCGACAACUCAAGAAACUGGACUAACCACUACCGAUUUCAGUAAUUCCCAAACGACUCUAAACGAUCUAAAUUUCGUCGAUACCUCUUCAGAAACUACACCGAUCAUAGAAAAAUCUGAAACAACGACGAUUAAAUCGAUCGAUACUACGACGGAAAAUUUGUCCAUCGUUGAAAGUACAAAGACCGAGAAGUCAAAGGACAACGACGAUAUUUUCUAUCCGAAGAAUCACCGAGCUAAAUGGAGCGAGGUGAGAUAUCCAUCGGAUCCUUCGAUAGCCUUGAAUCAUUCGGUCUUUUCCACUUGGAAUUACGAUAAGAACGGGAAAACAAAUGAUUGGAAUACAGUUUCGAAAAAGGAUAUAGGGAAUAAAGAAGGCAACGAUACCGAAGUUGAAAUUCUCUCGGAUUACGUUCAGAAUGUAUUCGACGAUUUGAAGGAAAACAGAGAAAAUAAGGAGAGGUCCGAUGAGAGAUCCAUGAACAACGAGAAAAAUAAUAAGAUCGGUUCCUCGGAGAAUUCAAGCGAGAACAACGACGUUAAGACGAAUUCCCCGUUGGAAACGGAUUCUGUCAAUGUUAGAAAAGAUACGAGUCAAGCCGAAGAUCAUUCCUCGACAAAAUUGGAACAAGAGGAAACACCGACGACGAUCGCAGUUCAAAACGUUGAAGACGACAGUUCGUCUACGUCAGAAAAUCAUUCGAAUCCAACGGUGAUUUUAGACACCACGAUACAUGAAAUAUUAUCCAAAGACGAAUCUAUGGUGACGGUGACACCAACGAGUUUAUCCACGACGACAACGACGACAUUACCAACGACGUCGGAGAUCAAUGAACAAAAUACGACGGAAACGAUACUCGGUAAAAUUCUGAGAACGUCGACGACGACGAAGGUCUCCCAUAUGACCGAGAUUUGUUACAGAGGAAGAUGCGUGAUGACCAAACCAGAUCGUGAAAUUCGUUUGAGAUGAAAGAAGACGUAAAGGAUCUUUGAGAAAAUUAAUAAUAAACUUCGUUUUCGGUUCGACGUAGGUUUUUCAUUGCGAAGUUCAACGAAUGCAGAAACACCCUGUUUUACGAUGGAGGAUACAUUCGAUGAACAUCGCAAUUAAUGUUUCGUAUUUAUUUGAAAACGUAGAAAAGAAGCUUGCUCUCGUCGAGGCCGAAGCCAACUUUUCUCGGUUGCCGAAGAGAUAUAGAAACGACAAUGAAGAAAAACAUAAGCAACAAUAUAUAAAGCCGUAGAAUUUAUAAUAAUCUCAUGAAUGCGACUAAAUCUUUAAACGCGAAGAUAGAUGAAGAAUUUCGACGCGUCUAUCGACGAAUUUUGUGCUCGUGAAAUAUUUAACGACGAGCUGCCACCGAUAACGACAAAAAAGUAACAUGCAUCUUGUAAAAAUGUAUAAAGGAUUUAGUUUAUCGCAUUCGUCAGGAUCCUGCGAACGUCUCUGUAUUAAAUGUUUCCGUAUUUGACAGGACGAGAAUAUAUGAAAAAAGAAAAAAAGUGAAAAAAAACAAGAAAAGAACGUGUGGCAACCUUCAGCACGAUCAACCACUAAUUCCUGCGCACCGUUUUGUGUGCCGGAAAAUGUAUUUAAUUUAAUUAUUUACUACCCCUAUCGGUACGCGUUUAAGUUAAGUGUCUAAAUAUUUUAAUAAAAUACAAGAAAACACGUAAA